AUGCGUGUCCUACAGAUGUACCGCAACAAGGAGGAGAAACCUAUGCAGUGGAGUAUGAAAACAUACGCUGAUCUCAUCAUAGAAGAGGACAAGGCAUCCUUCGAGCCUUUGGUAGAGAAACCAUCCAGUGGAGAUAUGAAAACAUACCGCUAUCUCAUCAUAGAAGAGGACAAGGCAUCCUUAGGGAUGUACCAUGUGUUUCUUCUCAUAAAGGAUGGUUUCUUCCACAUUACAAACCUUGCACUGGCAAAGAUCGAGACAGCCAUUGAAAAAAUGGAUGUGGGAGCAUUGAAAGAGCUCCAGACACUCAUCAAGAUAGACUUCUGCUCCACCAGAGAUUACCAUGACGAGGGCUGCAGUACAGCAGUGAUGUUCAAUCUGGGCCAUGAAAUCCACUUAAUGAUUGGGGGGGAUAAAGAAAAUGUUUUGACUCACUGGAUGAUGGACCCUCAUCAGGCCAAGAUGUGCCUUGCUCACUCUGUCAACAAUAGCUUAAUUCCAGGUGUGAGGAAGAUGGUGGUGGUGGAAAAUCUCUUGUAUGUUCUUGACACUGAGGAUGCCCUGAGUCUUUGGGACCUACAUUUUCUUGUCAUGAUUCACUGUUGGCCAGAUCUUGCCAUUCAUGACUUUGAACUCACCACAGAAUGCGGCUCUGCCUCCUUGGUGGCCCAGGACAAGGGCAGCAUGAAGAUGAUCACACUGACAAAACAAGACAACAGUCAGAUCAACUCACUGCAAAUACGAUUUCUGCCGUCCAUGACUGUUUGCUACUCUCUGGAUGUUUCCUCAGUCUCCUGCCUUGUCCAGACAAAAAUAAACAUGGAUACUAUUUAUUUAGUUGAGGGGAUUUGUGAGAAUCCAGAAAGUCGAGGAGAGCCUAUAUCUUCUGUUGUUGUCAGAUGCUUCACAGAGGCUUUGCCUGAGAACAGACUGAGCAGACUUCUUCACAAACACAUGUUUGAAGAGGCUGAAAAGUUCGCCAUCACAUUUGAGCUGGAUUUAGAGCUUGUUUACAAGGUGAAGCUUGACUUUGUGCUGGAGCAGCUGGCCUCUGCAUCUGUGGGCGGGUAUGGACAGGAUGUGUGGUCUGAACUUGUGGAGGAAGCAAAGACCAACCUGAUGAAGAUCACAGAUGAGCAGUAUGUGGUGGAGUAUUGCCUCAAGGCUCCAUGGCCGACCUUUGAGACAGCAGAGAAGAUGCUGAACCAUGCUGCCACACAAUACUCCUCCUUACAGAUCCAAGAGGCCUUGGCGAGGCUGGCAACAUUUUGCAGCCUGCACGGCCCCGAAAAUUUCAAUGGCAUUGCCUGGAUUGAGUUUCUGAACAGUAGUGACAAUUUAGGAGACAUUCUGACCCACCUGAGAGAAGGAGACAUGAAGGGUGCACAGCUGCUUUGGCUGAGAUAUGAGGGACAGAUUGCAGCAGAUUUGGAUGAGAGCAAGCUUGAAGCCGUGCUCAGCGCCAUCCCAGAGGACCUGCCAUCCCAAGACCUCUGUCCUUGGUUUAGGACAGUUUUUGUUCCCUUUCUGAGGAGAGUGCUUCCAACAGGACAAAAAAUCCUGGCAAGAUGGCUGGAGCAGAGGGCGAGGAAUCUGGAGUUAACAGAGAAGGCUGCUUGGCCCCAGAACGGGUUGGACUUGGCAGUGCUUGGACUGCCCUCUUUAUGGACAUGGAUGAAAUCUGAUGAUAAUUAUGGUGCAGAAGAGGUGGAGAACCUCAAGUCCCUGGUGUCCAACCUCCGUCAGCUCCUGGACCUCCACCGGAAAUACAACUGCAGACUUUCACUUUCAGUCUUUGAGAAGGGAAGUGUACGAAGUGUCGCGUUCUUCAUGCUGGACAAAGUGCCGGCUCCAGAGCUCAUCGCAGCCACAGUGGAGAGCAGUAUUCUGCCUUAUGCUGAAGAGCACGAGAUUCCUUUUGAUGAGCUGCUUUUACAGUAUAUCAAGGAUCUGCUAGAGCGCUGCAGUUCUCAGACCACAACCCUUUUCACAGAAUGGGAAGCCAAAGCAGUGGCUGUGCUAGAUUGCAUGACUGAUACUGAUCUGAUGGUGGAUGCUGUGCUGGAGAUCAUGCAGAAAGCUGUAGUGCCCUGGAGUAAUGUGGUAGAAAAACUGGUUCAGCAGUACCUAGAGAUGGAUGGACCAAAACAAGAGCUUUUAAAGGAAAGCUACCGUCUGAUGGAGAUCAGAAAACUUCUGAGGGGCUAUGGGAUCCGCAACUUCAACCUCUCCAACAGCACUCAAAUAAUGACACUGAUUAGAUACAUCCUGAAGCAAGACUUGCCAAUGUCUUUAGAAGACUCCCUGACAUUAGCUGAAGCAUACAAACUUCCAACCUCACAGAUAAAUUACUUGUAUCUCAUCCAGCUGAUUGGCCAAGGAAAGAGCGAGGAAUGCAUGACCGUCCUGAAGAAUCUGUCCUCUGCAGAAGCAGAGUGUGUCAUUGAGCGUCUCACGUCCUGGGCUAGGCUGCAGCUGCAGGACAAAGACCACAUAUCUGAUGAGCACAAGAAACACCAGAUGGUCAUCGCUCAGGUGAUUGUGGAGGCUCUGAAAUACCUGCAUAUAAUUCAAAAGCAUGAUGCUUUUAAAAGCAUGGCGUGUGAAAACAACCUCAUCAUGUUCAAGGCGAUUGCUCAUCUACAGGAGGACUUUGAUGUUUUCUUCACCCCCUCCAACUAUGAGGAUCCAAACAUCAGAAAACAGAUCCAGGAGCAUCACAUCACAGCCUAUGAAAACACACAUGGCCGCCGUUCGUCUAAGGGGAAGGCUACGACAACUCCAGUAGUGGCUAAUGAUCCCGAUGGCAAGACCAAAACUAUAUCCACAGAAGCUGGCUUACGUCGUCUAGGGAGACAGCUGCAGCGCACCGAACAGGAGCUCUGGUCUGACCUGGCCCUGCGAGCUUUGGGAGUGGGCAAGGUGGACAAGGCCCUCAAGAUCCUCAGUGAGCUGUAUGAACACCACUAUAACACCAGCACAGGGAAGGUUUUGUUCACUGCAGCCAAGACAUUGUGCCAGAUGCUGGAGGCAGAUGUGCCCAUGGUGCUUCCUGAUGACAUGGAUUUGCCAGCAGUCAUCCACGAUUUGGCCCGCCAGGCAAUCACUGUGUGCCACUCAGAUCUGCUCCUGGACUGUCUGGAGCUCUGCAAGUGCACACGGAUAGCUAUGGAUGUCUAUCAUCAGUGUCAGUUAUCAGACAACUACGGCUUUAUAGCCAAGGUAGGGUCAAACUACCUGCAGCCCCUCCUGGGUCCCCUGUCCAACAUGUUACAGAUGCUACAGGAGUGCAGUCAGCUUGAGCUGGCACUCAGAGUGCUGGUCAACUCAUACGGCAGCUGCCUGCAACACGUCACCUCUAAUGUUAUGGACAUAAAGCUCAGUGUACAGCUUUAUGAUCCACAAGAGCUUAAGAAGUACAGUAUAUGCUUGAAUGAUCUUCGAAAAACAACUACUUUGUCUCUGAAUGCUGUUGCUGUGGCUCUCUUGAACAAGGUGUUCAACUGGAGGGUGGUCGAUUGUGAUUUGGCUAUUGGACUCUGUACGCUCCUCUCCAAAGCAGAAGUCUUCAAAAUACUGUGGAAGGUUAUUGACAACACCUGGCAAAACUAUGACAAAAUCUUGGCAGUGGCCAGAAUCGGGGCCAAUCUCUGCUGCUUGUACAAUGAGGCAAACGAACAAGAGAAGUUUUUCUCAGUCAUCACUGAUGCUGAAUGGGGCAUCAAGCUUGGCAAACUUGAGAUAUCCAUCCAGCCAGUGUUUCGUCAGCGGCCUGAGAUGAAGAGUAGUCUGAUCCCAGAUCUGGUAAAAAAUAGGAAGAUCACCCCAGACAUUAUCCUCCAGUACUGCAGCACCUUUGGUCUAGACCGCGACGGUGUGAUCAACCAGUACAUUACCACCUUACUGCUGCUCCAAGAGGACGAGGAAGGUAUACACCAGGAAGAGAUGCAGCCUCUGUGUCAUGAAGACGCACUGGAGCGAGUCCUACAGAUUAUCCCGAUGUUACACAGCACCAGUGAGCUCACAGACAGUCUCUGUGCUGCCAUGUUCAAGCUCAGCCCUUACAACUAUGAGAGGAUCGAAGUAGUGCUGAAGAUCAUACAGGCUGCAGAUGAGAAUGUGACAAGCUUCUCUAUUAGUCAGGCAAUGGGUCUCCUUCAGCACCUGAAGUCCUACAAGCGAGUCUCUCCUGCCUCAGAUGUGGAGAACACAUAUCUGCUGGAAAACAACCUGCUGCCCAACCCCCUCUCCAACAGCAGACUGCCUUUCCACCUACUUAUGCAGACCAAACAUUACUGGAAGAUUAUCUCUCCUGAGCUCAGCGAGGAGACGUUCCCUACACUUCUUCUGAUUAGCAAACUGAUGAAGGUGAGCCUUGACAAGUUAUACAUGUCAGCUGCCAACCAUGUGUUUGAGAAGAAGAUGAAGCCUUUACUCUUAGAGCAAAGGAAAAAGGGUCAGGGUCAUGGCUACAACAAGGAGACUUUCAAGGUGGCCAAGACCAUGAUGAAGUACAUCCACUGCAUCCAGAGCCCGGAGUGGGCCGCUGCCACAGCCCACAAGAUCACCCAGGAGCUGCCACCAGGCUAUGAGAAGACACAGUCACUUAGGUUCUGUUUGGCUCUUGGGGAUGCCUGGCUGAAAGAUCCAAACCUUGAGGAGGCAGCGCGGGCCAGAGGGGAGACCUUUCUGUCAAAGCUGAAGCUGCAGUUCCAGCGCUCGGCUACUGAGAAUACUUUGAUAACCAGCCAGUUGAACAGCCCAGAGCAUCUGAAACUGACGGGGUUGCCAGCCAGGCUCAUAGUGGCCCUGUAUGAGCACAGCAGUGUGGAGCAGCACUACAGAGACACAGGAGGUCAAACAUAUCCUGACAUACAUGCAGUGGUUAAGGAGGUAGCCACCAUCAACAAUGUGGAUCUCUUAAAAAUCCGUAACAUGAUGUUGGAAAAAUGGAUCUGCAAAACAGGCCCUGCUGUUGCCAAGGAUAUUGGUAAUUACGAAUGUGUCAGCCGCAUUGAGGAGGACCCAGACUUAAUGAGGGUGGUGUACAUGCUGCAGUCGUGCCCCAUGGAUGAUGCUGUCCGUCUUCUAAACCCUAUCCUAUCUGCCGAAACCUGGCCACUUAGCUCUUCUGGGCCUCGUCUGACCUUCUGCCAUCGGACUCGAGCGCUGCUUUGUCUCGUCCGCCUUGCUGAUGCAGCCACUCUGGAGACUCAGUUGCAGAUCCCUAGGACCAAAAUUCAAUAUUACUUGAAGUGCUACGUCUUUGUCUCUCAACUGGAGGCAUUAAACAUCCCUUACACGGUGCAGUCUUUCCUCAGUAGUCCCAAAGAGGGCUUGGUCAAAGGGCUGUGGAAGAACCACAGUCAUGAGCCACAGGCGGUGCGGUUGGUGGCAGACCUGUGCUUGGAGUAUCAGGUGUACGACCCUCAGCUGUGGAACAGUCUGCUUCAGAAGCUGCUGGGAUUCAACUUGAUCAGCCACCUCCAGAGGGUGCUGGAGGCAAUAGUGGCUGUGCCUGCUCUGUGGGAGAUUUCUAGUUUCUCCAGGACCUGGAGAAGUAUGAUACUGGCACCUUUCGUCUCAGCUUCUGUCCCUCUGAGUCCCGAUCAACAGGCAACACUCUAUAGGACGUUUGUUCUCCUCCUCAAGCCUCUCUGUCUGUCUGUAACCGUGUUGCCGUCCUUGAAGCAGGUGGAGAAGCUUAUGAACACUGGGGAAUUGUCUGGAGUUCCCUCACAGAUCAGGGAGACUUUACUAGCUUUCAUCAGUGAAAAUAGAAAGCACCAGAAACUGCUGAAGAACAAACACUUCAAGCAUCUGGAGCAGCUCAUUGUGUCCAGUGGUCAACCUAACCAGGUGAAAGACUUGAUAGACUACUUGAUGAGAACUGAUAACCACACUGAGGCCCCUCUGAACUGA